UCGACAGAGCUGAAAAUGAAAGCAGAUAAGAUUCACGAAUAAAAGUCUGAGGAAAGAAAAUCUGAUUCAUUGGGUUAAGCAGAUCAAGUCCAAGAUGCAGCUUUAUGGAACUCUGGUCCUAUUUCUGACCUUCUCUGUUGCAUGUGGAUUGAGAUGCUACUCAUGUACAGCAACUGAGCCUGAAUCCUGCACAGACACCAAAGCCUGUACUGUGAUUUUUAACCGAUGUUAUUCUUUCAAGGUAGAAGGAGUGAAUAUGGUUACCAAAGGCUGCAUGGCCAGCGCAACAUGCACUGAUCCUAUGAAGUGCUGUGAAGGGGACCUGUGCAAUGGUGCCAUACCUACUGGGCCCGGUCUCAUCCUGCUGCUUCUGUCUUCAGCCCUGAUGAUGUUUUUUGUUUAACUAUGCCUGUUUUCGAGAAAUAUGCUUUAAAAUAACAUACCCAAAAGGAUUUGAAUAUAUCUCAAGAACUACAGAGUUUAUUUUAAAUUUUUUGGUAUCAAAAUAAAGGCAAGACCCCAGAGAAUAUGUUACAGGUCUAAAAACCAUCUUGGGGCGAGUGCUGAGGACACAAAUUUGGGUCCUCAUGUUAUGAAAAGGUUAAGGCUUUAAAAUGUUUGGGUUUUUUCUGCAUUGGUCUAGUGUUUGAUCUCUCAGCAGCUAUGCUGAGAUGACAAUAAACAAGAAGCCAGGACAGACAUGAAGCAUUUUUAUUCAUCAUGUUAUACUAAUCAAUAUGAUUAAUGUCUAUAAAGACAUCUAUGUCUUUUGAUGUUAUAAAUGAGCAAGUUCUAUUUUGAAUAUUUGAGUUUUAAUAUAUGAAGUAUAUUAGACAGUUUCACUGGUUAAAUUUUACAUGAGGAACAGGAAGAACUUGUGCAGUUUAUGCAGAAAAUACAAGUUAGUCCACAAAUUAAGCUAUGUGUAAUAAAGAGGGGUUUCAUGUGGAACCAGUUUAAGAUAUGGGUGGUCUUCUAAGGACAGAUCAAUAAUUUCAUACAUGCUAAACUGUUGAUGAAUAGAUAUUAAUAUGAAUCAACUAAGCAAAAUAUUAAUAAAUAAAUCAUCAUAAGGUUAUCCAUAAAGAAUUAACUUAAUUUGGCAAAAAGCUGACAAAAGAGAAUAAAACCCUUUAACAAAACUGGAUGCAAAAAUUAUUUAGUUAAUUGUGUCAUUUUACAAUUUUAUGCUAAAUUUAAGGUUCAGUGGUAAAAAAAACGAACAAAAAAAAGCUAUUUUGUUUUGCUUUUAUUUUGUAUCUUUAGCCCUUAGGUUUGUUAUUAAUUUGCAAGCAAGAUGAAAUGUCGAGCGAUUUGUGUGAAUUCAAUAACUCCCAAAAAUACAUCUCACCAGAGGCCAGCAGAUGCAUUAGCCUUAAACAGAAUGUUUCAGACCAAUGAAGUGCAGUACGUAUCUGACAUUGACGCCUAAACUACAUAUGGAAGGCUGAAGCAAAACAAAGAUGGCUGGCCUGGUUAUAGAACAGAAUAGAAUUGAAAAUCCCUUUAUUGUCCCACAAUGGUAAAUUGUGG